AGCGAUGACUUGGUUUCACAGAUUGUACAGCAAACGUCCGCUGGCGAUCGUUGUCUUCUCGGCACUCACGACCACGUGCUUUUUCGUGUACUUGACCUUUAGUCAGCCCAUGUCAUUUUUCGCACCAACAUCCAGCUUGCACAGCUUGGAAUCAAUGCCGGAUAUCGUGUACCUGCAGAACGUGCAGGCCAAUGAGUCGGAGUUCAGUUCCGGAAAGAAUAUUUUCUUCAUAGUGUCCACUCUGUCCAGGAAUGGAGAGAUCAAGUUGAACGCCAGGCAGGCCUGUGCCAUUGAAUCGGCCGCAAGAUCAAACCCGGAUUGGAAAGUUUUCCCACUGUUCGUGGCGACCACGUGGUUCAACUCUUCGAACAAUGAGUUCAUUAGUCCACUUCUGCGCUACUGCAACAUCCACAUGAGAUUCAUCGAUUGGAAAUCCUUUGCCACUGGAACACCCGUGGAAAACCUUUUCACCAACCACAUCCUCCAAAACUCGAGCUACGUCGUAGAGCACACUUCGGAUGUUUUUCGACUGUUGACGCUCUAUAAGUACGGUGGAACCUACGUGGACACGGAUGUGGUUGUACGACGAUCGUUUGACCUGUUGCCACCAAACUUUUUCGGCUUAGAGGGUCGUGGCUACGUGGGCUCCGCAGUCUUCAAUCUGCAAGCCUCCGGCUAUGGUCAUCGUUUUGCAGAAGCUGGUCUCAAAGACCUCGCGGAGCACUUUGACGGCAAAGUUUGGACCGCAAACGGGCCAAUGCUGUUGACGAGGAAUCUCCAAAAGUUUUGCAACGUCCUCGAUGUGACCAAAAUGUCCCGCGAACGGUGCGGUGGGCAGCUGUCUGUCCUGCCACCGGAUGCCUUCUUCAGAGUUCGAUACUGGCAACACGAGCGGUUCUUCCGUCCAGAGCAUACCGAAACGGUGAUGGCGUCAAUCAAGGAUGAUAUUGUGGUGCAUUUGUGGAACAAGCUGUCCAGCAAAAUUCAGCAAAAGGUUGAUAGUUCGACUGCGUAUGUGAAGCUUGCCCACGAGUAUUGUCCAAAUGUGAUAAAAGCUUGCGGUGAAUUCUUUUAGUGAAUGAAU